UAUAUUCGAAUUCAGAUUUUACUCAUACAUGUUAAAAAAAUUCUAAUUCAAAUUUUAAGAAUUUGAGCGGAUAGAAUAUUUUUGCCAUUUUUAAUUACCCUUCGGUUUCUCGUUCUCCUUUCACCAAUUUAAAAAUACUUUUUUUUUUUUUGCAGGGACUUGAUUAUCAUUCGGGAGUAUGGCAAAUGGAAGGCCACGUGUACGUCCCCAAGGGCACUUCGGGAGCCAGCCUGAUGCAGGUCCACGGCGGCAGCGGAGUGUCCAGCACGGUCAUGGUGAGGAUCUACUCCGGCGACCUGAGGUACUACUCCGGCGACGUGAUCGCGCGUGGGAUGUACGACAAGUGGUUCCGGCUCAACAUGAUCCACGACGCCGACGCCGGAAAGGUGGCCGUCUACGUCGACGGCAAGGAGGUUUUCCGUCACGAUGCAAGAGGGAAGGCGCCGGCUUUUUACUUCAAAUGUGGAGUCUAUGCUGCGCCGAAAGAUCAUAGCCGUUACAUGGAGUCUAGGUGGAAGAAUAUCAAAAUGUACAAGAAAAAAUGAAAGAAAAUUUUGGGCUUUGUAACUAGUUGGGCUGGAGUUGGGCUUUUCCUUUUUACACUCUCCUCAUUCCUUUUUUUGGGGUCGAUAUAUCCAAUGGGCUUCAGUUUCAGCCCAUUACUUGAAAUGAAACUUUGCUGGUAUAAGAUUUUGCUUUCUUUCUCUCGUCUAUCUUUGAUCGUUUUGUGUUUGAUUGAUUUGGAGUGCAAUUUCUCGAGAUAUCUUUCUAUAGCUUGCUGUUAAUCGGACUAAAUUUUUGUUAGAGAACCGACCACUUAUAAUUUUACAUCGUUUCUACGUAUUUAAUACUACAAUUUUAUGUACAAUAUUAGAAUAAAAAAAUGUUUGCUUUUGUGAUUUUAAGAUUAUCCAUGAUUUAUAAGAUGGAGAGAAUGAAAAUAAAUUAUUAUUAAAAUUGAAUUAAAAUAAUCAAAAUAUGAAAUCGAAGUAUCAAACGCCAAAUACUGCUUCAAGGAGACUUAAUUGUCUAGCUAACCAUGUAAUAGAAUUCCUCUGUUUUUCAAAUUUUACUUUCGGUAUGCUUUUAAUUUACAAAGCUACAACAAAUUUGUUUAGUUAUUGGUUGUGAUUUAUUUUUCUUUCGCCGAAAAGACACUGAUUUCGAAUUCCAACACUGAUGUAUUCUUUUUUAAAUACUUCUGACCAUUUAGAUAAUCCUUUUCCAAUAAAUCCAACUUAUCAGUCAGAUUCAACAUGCAUGAAGUGCAGUUUGCAUUAAACGGAAAGUACUUUUGAUCCAAUGACAAUAACUUUGGAAAGUAUACCAAAGAAGUAAUUCGAAUUAAUACGCAUCCCAUUGACUCUUGUACUUGUCGAAUGGAAAUGUUAACAUUUGUUUUUUUUGUUUUUUGUUGAAUAUAUGAUACGAAAUGUUCAUAAUGAUACUCAUAGCCACAUGUAUUUAUUUAGAUAGAUCAUGUCGUAAUGUUCCAUGGUUCGUUUAUCACUUCACCUUGAGAGUAAUUUUGUAACUAUAGAUCUAUGUUUUUUUUUUUCACAAUGUAAACGCAUUAUUCAAAUUGAUGACUAGUAUCCAUAAAUAAUAUAAUCUGGGACUAUAUAUUUCAAUAAAAUGUAUCAUCCACGAAUUCCUAAAUGAAUGUGACAACCACCGUGAGAAGAAUUUCUAGCUCAAAGAGAGAGUUAGAACAAAAACUUCACAUAGUAAUAAUAAAAUUACAUUCAACCCUUUAGUGAAUUCGAAUAAAUCGUCAUUAAUCAA